AUGCGGAUAUUCACAUCAGUUCAUCUUUUGUGGUCGCUGCCAUUUUCCGCCCUUGUAUCAGCGUUUCCUGGCACAGAAAGCGGACAUGGCGUCCACUCCAGCCAUCAGGGUGUGCACAAACGGUGCCCAUAUGCCCGGGAUCAACAUGACACAAAAUCCGAGAAUAAAAAGAGAUUUCUUUUUGAUCUGAUGAAGUCUCCUAUAGACGUGACUGGGGAGCAUUCUUUUCAACCUCCGGAUUUUCAAAAUGGUGACCAGCGCGGACCUUGCCCAGGUCUCAAUGCGCUGGCUAACCAUGGCUACAUACCAAGAAGUGGCGUGGUAUCAUUUGGUGAAGUGAUUGCAGCUAUUAACGAAGUUUAUGGCAUGGGCAUUGAUUUGGCUACCGUUCUCGCGAUCAUGGGUACUGUCUGGACAGGAGAUCCCCUCUCCUUGGAUCCCAGCUUCUCCAUCGGUGGCCGUGAUACAGGUGUCAACAAUCUGCUUAACAAUCUCGGCGGGCUGCUUGGUGAACCUCAAGGCCUUAUUGGCUCCCAUAACUUCAUCGAAGCGGACUCAUCAAACACUCGCGAUGACCUCUACGUCACCGGCAACAACUACGCACUGAACAUGGACAAGUUCAUUUCCUGGUAUAAUAUGUCGACCGAUGGUACUUUUGACAUGGAUUUGAUGGCAAUGCGCGCAAAGAUCCGUUUCGAGGAAACCAUUCAGACCAAUCCGAAUUUCUAUUAUGGUCCAGUCACAGGGCUGAUCGCACGCAAUGCUGGUUAUAUAUUUCCAGCCCGACUGUUCCGAAACCACUCUCACGAGAAUCCUGAGGGUGUUCUGACAAAAUCUCACAUCCGAAACUUCUACGGCAUCUAUGGAGAGGAAAACAAUCUAACCUAUCGUGAGGGGUGGGAAAGAAUUCCUGAAAACUGGUACAAGACACCUGUGGAUUACGGCCUUCUGCAGCUUAAUCUCGAUACAAUUGACUGGAUGGCGAAAUAUCCAGAGCUUGGAAGUGUCGGGGGUAAUAUGGGCACCGUGAAUAGUUUUGCUGGGAUUGAUCUAGCAGAUUUGACUGGUGGAAUUUUUGAUCUGACCAAUCUGCUGGAAGGUAACAAUUUGCUAUGUUUCGUGUUUGAAGUGCUGAAAUUUGCCAGCCCCAAUGCGCUCUCUGGGUUGUACGCUACAUUGGCCGAGCCAUUGGAAUUUGUCACCAACAUUCUUUCUGUACCUUUGCUGAAUAUGACCUGUCCAGCAUUUAAGGACCUUCAGAUGGGCGGUAAGCCGUUUUGGGAGGCCAUUCAGGAUGACUUCCCUGGUGCCCUGAAGAGUGGUCGCGGGUUCUAG